CGCGGCGAGCGGCGGCGGUGCCGGGGAGCCGCGCGGGGCCCGUGCGAGUGCCGGCGCCGGCCAUGGGCGUGUGCGUGCGUGCGGUGCUGCGGGUGCUGGUGCUGCAGGCGGCCUGGGCGCUGGGAGGCGGCCAGCUGCGCUACUCGGUGCCGGAGGAGGCCGAGGGCGGCACGGUGGUGGGUCGCCUGGCGCAGGACCUGGGCCUGGAGGCGGGCGAGCUGGAGGCGCGUCGGCUGCGGCUGGCGGCGAAGGGCCGGCGGGCGAGCGUGGAGGUGAGCGGGGCGAGCGGGGCGCUGGUGGUGAGCUCGCGGCUGGACCGGGAGGAGCUGUGCGGGAAGAGCGCGCCGUGCGCCCUGCGCCUGGAGGUGCUGCUGGAGCGGCCGCUGCGCGUCUUUCACGUGGAGCUGGAGGUCACCGACAUCAACGACAACGCGCCGCUCUUCCCCGCCGCCCGCAAAAACCUCAGUGUCGCGGAGUCCUUAACGUUGCCGGGCUCGCGCUUCCCGCUGGAGGGCGCGUCGGACGCAGAUAUCGGAGCCAACGCGCAGCUCUCCUACAAACUCAGCCCGAGCGAGCAUUUCGCUCUGGAGAGGCAGAAAACCGAAGAGGACGGUGAAUCGUUAUUUCUGGUGCUGUCGAAGGCUCUGGACCGGGAGGCGAUGCCUGUGCACCGGCUGCUGCUGACGGCGAGUGACGGGGGCAGACCGUCGCUGUCGGGCACCAUGGAGCUGGUGGUCUCGGUGCUGGAUGUGAACGACAACGCACCCGAGUUCAACCAGUCGGUCUAUAAAGUGCAGCUGGUGGAAAACAGGGAAGCGGGAACGUUAGUGAUGAGAGUGGAAGCCACGGAUCGCGAUGAGGGAACGAACAGCGAUAUUUCAUAUGUCCUCCGAAGUAUUUUUCCUGUGGACAGGAGGGACGUGUUCAGAGUCGACAGGAACAGUGGGGAGAUCAGUCUUAGAGAACAGCUGGAUUUUGAAGACGUUCCCCUCUAUCGUCUGCAAGUGGAUGCAGAGGACAGGGGAAACCCCCCGCUGUCCGGUCACUGCAAAGUAGUGGUGGAGGUGCUGGACGUGAACGACAACGCGCCGGAGGUGUGGGUGACGUCGCUGUCGGUGCCGGUGCCGGAGGACGCGGCGCUGGGCACGGUGGUUGCGCUGUUGAGCGUGUCGGACCGGGACUCGGGGGCGAACGGGCGCGUGCGGUGCGCGGUGUGGCCGGCGGCGCCGUUCGGGCUGGUGGCGACGUUCGAGGGCUCGUACUCGCUGGUGCUGCGGGAGGCGCUGGACCGUGAGCGGGUGGCGGAGUACGAGGUGGAGGUGCGGGCGGAGGACGGCGGGGCGCCGCCGCUGCGGGCGAGGCGCGGGCUGCGGGUGCCGGUGUCGGACGUGAACGACAACGCGCCGGCGUUCGCGCAGGCCGUGUACACGGUGCUGGCGCGGGAGAACAACGCGGCGGGCGCGGAGCUGGCGCGGCUGUGGGCGCGGGACCCGGACGAGGCGGGCAACGGGCGCGUGAGCUACUCGCUGGCGGAGGGCGUGGCGGGGGGGGCGUCGCGCUCGGCGUCGAGCUACGUGUCGGUGGAGGCGGAGAGCGGGCGUCUGUGGGCGCUGCAGCCCUUGGACUACGAGGAGGUGCAGGUGCUGCAGUUCGAGGUGCGCGCGGUGGACGCGGGGGAGCCGGCGCUGUGCGGCAACGCCACGGUGCAGCUCUUCGUCGUGGACGAGAACGACAACGCGCCGGCGCUGCUGCCGCCGGCGGGCGGCGGCGCGGGGCCCUGGGCGGGCGGCGCGUCGGGGUCGGCGUCGGCGGGGCCGUCGGCGUCGGCGUCGCUGUGGGCGUGGGCGGCGUGGGGGUGGCCGGCGGGGCAGGUGGUGGCGAAGAUCCGCGCGGUGGACGCGGACUCGGGCUACAACGCGUGGCUGCGCUACGAGCUGCGGGAGCCGCGGGGCAAGGGCGCGUUCCGCGUGGGGCUGUACAGCGGCGAGGUGAGCACGGCGCGGGCGCUGGAGGAGGCGGACGGCCCGGGGCAGACGCUGCUCAUCGUGGUGCGGGACCACGGCGAGCCGGCGCGCUCGGCCACGGCCACGCUGAGCGUGUCGCUGGGCGAGGGCGGCGAGGCGGCGCUGGCGGCGGCGGCGGCGGGCGCGGGCUCGUCGUCGUCGGGGCUGCGGCCGGCGGCGGGCGCCGAGGGCGGCGGCGGCGGCGCGGCGGCGACGGCGACGAACGUGUGGCUGGUGGUGGCCAUCUGCGCGGUGUCGAGCCUCUUCCUGCUGGCGCUGGUGCUGUACGGGGCGUGGCGGUGUGCGCCGCGGGCGGCCGUGCUCUCGGGGCCCGGGCCGGCGACGCUGGUGUGCGCCAGCGAAGUGGGCAGCUGGUCGUACUCGCAGCGGCAGAGCCGGAGCCUGUGCGUGGCGGACGGCGCGGGCAAGAGCGACCUCAUGGUUUUCAGCCCCAACUUCCCGCCGCCCGCCGGCGGCGCGGCGAAGGAGACGCCGCAGGAUCCGCCCGCUCUGCUGGACACGGUCAGUGGCACUUUCUUUUCUGCUGCUUCUCACCUCUGCGUCUCCCGGAAGCUCCUUCUUAUUUCUUGGCUCUGCCUUUCGGCAGCGCCUCUCGGAGCCGCGGUCGGCCCCCGGCGCCUGCGGGGGGCCAGUACUUGGCAGCUCUUUGAUGUUAUUGGAAAGCAGGCGUAG